CCUUAUACAAUACUGCUAAUUUAGCAAAGGAGGAGGAGAGGAAGGAACAGUUUGAACACAUGAACUGAAUUCUAAACAGACGCUGUUGAACAACUUUCAGCUGUCUUGUAGUUAUCCAGAUGACGUUCGGCUGCCCUUGAAUCUUGAUACGAAUUUGAUGGCACGCACUGUUUAAAGCUCAGAACCAAUCGCAGAAAUCAUCGAGUGAGGAAGGCGCCCCCACCAUGUCGUCUCCAACGUCGCUGUCCGGGUCUCGCUUGCAGCCUGACGACCCGGCACCGCGCCGACGUCCGAACGUCAUGGCCUCGUCCUCGACUGCGCCCAUGCACCUGCAGCCACCUCCUGCAUCGCGUGCGUCAGGCGAGCUUCGUCUAUAAACCCGCGCUGGCGCUUCUCUCCCCUGCAGUCCACACUCCGCAGACAUAUACGCUGUAAUCACUUUGAUCAGGCGGCCGCGCGAAAUGGAUGGUGGUAGCACUAGAUUGUCUUCCUGCACCCCUCUUGGCCUUUCCCAUGGCGGUGGUGGCACAGAGACGACGCCCUCAAAGCUGCAGCUGCUGCCUUGGUUUGACGAAGCGGUAGUUGUCGUCGCGGCUGAUGACGAUCGUGACGACCUUGCCGGUUCAGCGACGGCGGCGAAGGCAGGGAAGCGGCGGUGGUCGACGGCGCAGGCUGUCCUUGCCCGCGGCGUGAAGGUGUUGUUGAGCGAGGUGGUCGAGAUGAUCAGGACCAAGUUCGAGCGCUCCAUCCCGGCAGCCAAGUUCGGCCAUACAUCAGAUGAAGGUAGGCACCCGUUUAUCUGGUCAUGAUGUCACUCACUCAUCCUCUUGCUCUGCUA